AUUACAACGGUCUGCUCGAUUUGCCUGAAGCUAAGAAAGGAAAGCAAAUCUCUGUGCUACUCCACAAAAUCCGAGAGCACACUCAAGCUCUAGAGGCAGUAGGCCAUCCUCCCUCCGCCUACGACGGAAUUUUAGUGGCUUCCGUUAUGAGGAAACUCUCUGACAACUUGGCCAGUCGAUUCGAAGACUAUCGCCGAGAUACACGCGAUCCUAACGUGACUAUUUCGAGCAUCCACACUGAAUAUCCCAAGGUGCAGGAACUCCUAGACUUCCUCGAAAGAGAGUCCGUAGCCUUCGAAGAACGGCCUUCCGCCCGAGCCUCAAAGACGGAAACCAAGGUCGAGACCAAGGCUCUGGUCUCGGUUCCCUCUUCCAGCGCCCCAUCUACGACGCAUGAAGAAAAGGCUAAGCCUCACAACAAAAAUGAGCAAGCCUCUCACCGGCUACCUCCUGAAGAUCCUCCAAAGCAGCAGAGUAAGCCCAGCAAGAAAUCUCAAGAGCCAAGACUCCAAAAGUGCCCUGAAUGCUCGGAGAGCCAUCGACUGACCUGGUGUCCGGCGUUCAAACGGAAAUCUCCUGCCGACAGACAAAGGUUCGCCCGCGAAAAAGGACUCUGCAACAAUUGCCUGUCCAAACACGACCCGGGCACUCCCCGUUGUCCGUCUGACAACACAUGCUGGGUGUGUCAGCAGAGACAUAACACCCUACUCCAUGGCGCCGAAGAAAAGUCCUCGGAGCCAUCAUCUAAGAUCAUGGUCAGUCAGGGUCCCAGCUCAACUGUCCUGCUUGCAACCGUGCAGGUGAGAAUAAAAACCAAAGGCGGUUCUCACAUCGUUAGAGGUAUCCUCGACAGUGCCGCCCAAGGCACGUUCCUCACUUACGAAUGCGCCAAAAGAGUCGGCCUAAAACUAAUUUCUGGCCCUGAUGAGGUCAGUGGGAUCUCUGGAUCGGUUGUGCAGACCUACGGGUACGGUCACGCCACCGUCUUUGGCCUAGGACAGCGUACCAUCUCGAAGAAUCACCGCAUGGUCGUGGUCGACCGCAUCACCAAUCCCACCCCAUCAACCGCCAUCGCCCAGGCAGUUCGGCAGCGAGUUCAAGGGUGGACUCUAGCGGAUCCAUCGUUCGAUGCCGUCGGUCCCGUCGACAUACUCAUAGGCGCGGACCUCUUUCCAUACAUAGUCCAGGGCGCGCCAGUUCCCUUGGGUCCAGGACUACCCGUUGCGAUAGAGACGACCCUCGGAUACGUCCUCAUGGGCCCAACGCCAACCUUCGGCCCCAACCCCAAGGUGCUGCUAUCUUGCCUAUCCACAAAGGAUCAAACUCCAACUCCAAGUCCAACAACCCAACAACUCUAACAACCAGCAACUCGGCUGACAGCCCUACUGAAGAGGCUGGGUUCAUUCCUCAUCUCACUGGGUUUACUCUACCUCGCGCCGAUGCCCGCGCCCCCGCGGCCCGCGGCAACGACUCCAACGCGACCCACACCCAUCACAGUGCCAGCCCCACCCGCACCGGUCGCGGAACCAGACC